AUGUUAACCUAUUUUGGAGGAGGCCCAUUGGAAACGCGUAAAAAGGCCUCCCAAAAGCUCAAAUUUAUUUGGUACACUUGUUUGUUUGUUUUUUUGUUUGUUUGUUUGUUUGUUUGUUUCUUCCUUUCUUUCUUUCUUUCUUUCUUUCUUUCUUUCUUUCUUUCUCCUGCUUCGCUUUUUUCAUUCUUUCUAUAUUAUAUUUGUUUUCUUCGUUUUCUUUUUCUUUUUUCUUUGUUUUUCUUUCACACAAUCAUACUUAUUCCUUCAUCAUUUUUUUCUAAUUUGUUCCUUCCUUCCUUCCUUCCUUCCUACAAUCCUUCGUUCGUUUGUUCCUUCCUUCCUUCUUUCCUUCCUUCCUUCCUUCUUUCCUUCCUUCCUUCCUUCUUUCAUUCAGUCAUUCAUUCAUUGCUCUGUUAUUUAAUGUAUUCGUUUCUCGCAUGUUUUUUUUUCUUUUUCUAUUUCGUUUUUACUAUAUUCAUCAAUUUCUUUCUUCAUUUCCGUCAUUCUUGGACAAUUCCUUCUUUUUUCUUCCGGGCAUUCAGAUACCAAACUAGAAACAUCAAUAAAGCUGUUUUCCCCUUAAUUUCUCCUUUUUUCAGCCGAAAACGAAGAUAG